AUGAAGCUCAAUGUUCUUUUCGUCACCCUCGCUCUCUGCAGCAGCUCCACCUGCAUCCUUGCUGCACCCUUACCGCAGCCUGGAGUCGGAGGCGCAUUCAAAAAAGCCUUCAGCUCCGUGUUCGAGUCUAGCGCAUCGAAGGAAAUCAAGAACGCUCCUUACUACUCGGAAGAGUACGUUGCUCAGCCUGGCUUCGAGCAGUACGGCAAUCACGCGCAGAAGCCAGGCGGUCUCGACAAAAAGAAGAGUAAGGGACGGAAGAAAGGUUGGAGCAGCGAGUCGUCCAGCAGCUCGACUCCGCCCCCUACUUUCAGUGGGGGAAGUCAUGCCGAGGAGAGUCCACGCAGAUCGGAUGCAUCACGUGAAUUAAGCCCUCGACCUAUGAGUCCUCCUCCCGCGCAGCCACGCUUGCCAGGUGGCCUGCAGCUGCCUUACCAUCACCCCCUACCGCUGGCAGCUGCUGAACAGCCUUACGUCGGCAUGCAUCAUUCCGGUCCUCCUCCCACCUACAAUCACGGAUACCAAGCUCUCGCUCCGCCGUAUCACUACCCGCAAGCUCCUCAAGGCGGCUACGCUACGCACCAACAGCUCGAUUGGAUUGGUGGCUACCACCCGCAACCGGGAUACGCUCAUCCCAGUCAAUCUUACGGAGAGCAUGGUGGAAGCUAUCGCUCCAUGCUCUACGAUCCCGGUCACCCAGCCAUCUACUCGCACCUCCCGCCACCCGCCCCCGAAGCUGCUCAGCCCGUCACUUCUGGUGGUGGCAAAGGUCGAGUCUUCCCGUACGACUACGCUGCCAGGAGAAACGAGCGGAACGAACGUCAGCGGAAGAGCAACAGCGUCGACGAAGGAAAGUUGCGCGAGAUGGCGGACGAAGCGGUUCAGGGUGACACGAGGGUACAGGGCAAGCGCAGGAAGGGGAUUGUAAGGCAUCCUUCGAUGAACGAUUUGCAGUGGAACGACGAGUUUGCAAGUGUAGCGUUGUCAAGAGCCCUGCUGAACGAUCCAACCAACUCUCUCACGCGCCAUGCUGACGACCGGAUCGCAGUCCAUGUUCCCACAUCAGUACACGACACCAUGCCGCCCUCCAAAACCCCGAAAUCCGGUGGCGUCAACCAACUCGAGCUCCGAUAG